UGACGCUUGAUACACGGAAGUUCCAUGACCGGAAACUGUCACGCUUUUUGCGUAUCUUGUCAAUAUGGUGCACCAAAAUUGCGACAAGCCCGGUGUUCCUACUUUUAUGAUGCUGUACAAGUCGAGCAGAAUACAAAGUGUUCGUCAUUUUCUUUCGCAAAAUAUAAACGUUUGUCUAGGUUUUGUGCAACACCUAAAACUUUGGCAAACUAAAAAAUACACUUUGAUAAUAAAUACUCUUACUAGGUACAAACUACGAAAGUUUAGUGAAAUGCGUUAAAAAUAGUUUAUUUAAAUACGGCGCUCUUAAUAGUUUUUUUCAAGAGCACAUGAGUCACAUCGCGUUGCCAUGCAACGAGCUAACCUAUAAUCUGCCGAAAUUGCCAGAAUGCCACAAUGGAGGAUUAUUUGCUUGAUCUGCAGCAUGAAAGUUUUUUGGAUCCCCACAAAUAUGAGUUGCUGCAAUCGUAUUUUGAGACCAACUUAGCCGAGCUUUGGGAAAAUUGCAUUCUGGAAUCCAUUAAAAGUGUCUUCACAUCGGUCUACAAAGGAAUUGUCCUCAAUAUUAUAUUUGGACUCCUCACAUCUUUUGGUCUGCCAGGUAUAUUGUUCCACUGGUUAUCCACAUUGUUAGGAGUGUGUAUGCUUUUUACAACCGUGCAAUCAUCCACUGGUUUGAUAGUGGUAUUUGUAACAUUUUUGUCUUCUUUUUUUAUAAUUUGCUUUAACAAAUAUGUACAAUCAAGAUGGGCAUUAAAGCAGCAACCUGAAGCUAAAAAAACUACUCGCAGUUGGUUGUCUUGUGCUUCCUGUUCCCAAUAUGGGUCAAUAGUCCUGUUUGUCUUAUGUGAAUACCUACUGUUAGAGAAAGAGACAUGGCUGGAAAUCAGAGGAAUUAUGAUGGUGUUUUCCAUGAAAUUAACAUCUCUAAUUGCAGACUUGCCUGGCCCCAACUUGCCUGGGUUGUCCGCAUAUUUUGGGUACAUGUUCUGCCCCGGAAAUAUAUUAUUUGGGCCAUGGAUUAGUUUCGAACACUAUAUGAUGCAGGUCAAUUUUCCAACAAGAAAGAAUCUCCACUGGCUUUAUGGAAUAAUAAGAGCGCUUAUGUGUGCGGUAAUUUUCGUAACAAUAUCAAAUUGCUGGGCAAGUUACUUUAUUAGCGAAGACUCAAAUAGUUUUCUGCUUGGUUACCAAGAAGCAUUAUCAUUCAGAAGUAGCCACUAUUUCGUCUGUUACUUAUCAGAGGCUUUCAUGAUUGCCGGAGGCUACAAAGACUUCGCAUAUCAUUUUGAGGAGGCGUAUUGGAAAUUGUCGAUAACAAAUGUCUGGGCAAUCGAACUCCCCAUGUCUCUUGCUGUAGUGGCUACUAACUGGAACAAGCCCAUGCAUGAAUACCUGAAGAAAUAUGUCUACAGAUUGUGGCUGCCUUCAGGAAAGUUUCGCGCGGUGCUUUUAACAUUUGUGACAUCAUCUCUUUUCCAUGGGCUUGAACUGAAAGUUUCCACAGUUCUGGUUUGUUUAGGCGUAUUUUCGUAUCUUCAGAUUUUAGUUAGAGAUUACAUAUCACAAGCUUUCGAUAUAUGCGUGAAAGUUUAUCCUUGCAAAUCUUGCCAACAUGAAAUAAAACGCGAUAGUAUUGUUUCUAAACUGACCUUGCUGACAUUUUCCCUAUUUACGGCACUUCACCUGGUAUUUCUGGGUGUUCUUAUGGAUGAAUCUGCUGCCGAAGUUGGUAUUUUUCAGAAAUGGAACGACUUGUAUUUUUGUAGUUUAUGGAUUAUGUUCGUUAACUUUUUGCUGGUUAAAUAGGCUGAAAUGAGCUGUAAAUGACAGAGCACUUCGUAAAGUGGUUUGUUUUUAAACGUUCAAUGUGAUAUUACUAAUUAUCGUCAGUAUUAUUUUUUUACUUUUUAUUUUAUCAGUAAUUAGAAUCUCCUAUUUAUAAGUUUACCAUUUUGUUAUUGAAACUUCAUGUAUAACAUAUUUUCUGAAAACUAAUGUUUUUUUUAUUUAUUUGUAAAUAUUCAAAUAUUUACCAGAUCUCGCUGGUCGAUAUUCAACGCCAGGCAGUAUUAAAUUCCAAAUAAAUUAUUUAAAAAUUAA